AUGGAAAGUUCACGAAAUAAGCCAGUGCAAGUGCAUUUGGUUACACCUGAAGAGCCCACAGGACAUCGGGAUAGCGGUGUUAGUAGUACUAGUAGUAGUAGUAUAGGUGAAAGUGGGAAUCGUUGUUAUAAUGCUAUUCGCCAGAAUAUCCUAAGCGGCCUGCAUAGUGACCAUGAUAACGAUAAUGCUAGUGCUAAUGAUGAUAGUAAGGACAGUGCCGUUAAAGACUGUUUUGUGUCCAGUGUAAAGAAUACCAGGAAAUUGGAAACCGAUAUAUUAGUCACCAUCCAGUAUCUGAAGAAUCAUGAUAACAAUAGCGAAAUCGAUCGUCAGCGUAUAGUGGAACUUUUAAAUGGGUCGUUAACAGCAAUAUCACAUUGGUCACUCCAAGCACAGUUAGCACAGCUGAGAAGGUCGGAUGACGAUAGACACCUCGUAGAGACUAAUCUUUUAAGAAAGGAAAUGGAAGUACUAAUGAGUAGAAGACCAAACGAACCUCUAAUACCACAAAGACCAGGGAUCCCAUUACGGCAGAGACAAAUAAGACCAAAGAGCCCAUCGCUAUCGAUAUCCACGGCUUCGAAGCAUUUGCCAUCGUCGAAAAGUGCUAUUUCAGGACCUUCAUCGCCAAUCACACCUCAAAAGAAAAUAUUUCGGUCACCAAGGAAGCAUCCGUCAACUACUAUAGCACCAAAGAGUUUAGUGGAUCCAGCGUCAUUAAAAUUAGUAGAGUCCAAAAAAGCACAUCCUCGCAUGAGGAGGACUAGUGAUAAUCCGAUGACUAACGAAUAUGUAAGGGUAUUUCAUCUACAGAGAAAGUAG